GUAAAUCCGCCAUGUUGUUCCUGCAGUAGCGUUGCGACAGAGACGGAGUGCGAGAACGACAUGACUGAAGAAAGUAAUAAUACGGCAGAAUCGCUUAUCGGCCAAACGCAGCAUGGGAGCAUCAUCACCAUUCAAACCACCCUGGGAGAUGAAGAUGAAGAUAUUCACAAAUGUGGGCGAUGUGGCGAGGAAUUUUCAGCUUUGGAGAUCUUCAUUCAGCACAAGCUUAGUCGUAUCUGUAAACGUCCUUUACAGGACUCACAGGUCAAAGAUGAUAAAGAUGAAGAGCUGGCUAAUGAUGCAGAAAGAUCCUCAGUGGAUGAGGGAGGUGGCAGGUUAACUACCACAAACAUAAGGACAGGCCACUUGGGAAAAGACCAUGGCGAGUCUGAAGACAGAGACAGUUCAGAUCAUAAUAAAGCUUCUCUCAAGCUGAACGAGGACGGGCGCUAUGUCUGUCUCAUGUGCGAGAAGACUUUCAAAACGGCAAAUAUCCUGAGGACACAUCUGUCCAUCCAUACAGACAGGAAGGACUUUAAGUGUGACCUUUGUGACACUGCGUUCCGAACCAAAGGCUCUCUGAUUCGCCACAACAGACGGCACACGGAUGAGCGGCCUUAUCAGUGCAAUCAGUGCGGUCUCUCUUUCAGAGAGUCCGGUGCACUGACACGACACCUGAAGUCGCUGACUCCAUGUACAGAGAAGAUCCGUUACAGCCAGUGCAAAGAGAUCCUCUUCACCAAGGAUGGUGUUUGCACAGAAGUGCAGCAGCAGCAGCCUCCUGUACUCACUGAGAAAGAGCAGCCGCUACCUGUGGUCAGUGUGGUGCAGACAGUCCAAGAUGCUGUUCAUAUCCAGGUGGUACAAGACCUUGGACAAGUUCAUCAGGUGGUAUCACAGCCUGUAGCUGAAGCUGUUACAGAAGGAGACAGUCUAAUCUGCCAAGCCAUCAUUAACUCGGGCAUUGCGCUGGAGACUGAAGCUGCAGAGGCAGCAGAGCAGGCAGACGCCCAGUCGCCUAAAGAGGUCCUGCAGAAUCCUGAGGCUGAGGGCAGAGUCCCAGAGAUUCAGGUGACCGAGGAAUGUGUGGAGGUGGAGGCAGAGACUCUGGAGACUUCAGAAAAAGAGAUGGAAACCUCCAUUUCAAAGUCGCACAAAUGCUCUCACUGUGAUCGGACAUUUAGGACAGCUUCACACUUGCGCAUCCACAUCAAAGGGCAUGCUGGCUAUAAGCCUUUUAAGUGUGUGACCUGUCAGAAAGAGUUCUUGACGGGCUACAUGCUGAAGAAGCACAUGGAGAUGCACGUGACGGAGCGUAGGUACAAGUGUGGCGAGUGCGGCAAGAUGUUUAAGGCUAUCGGGCAUGUACGUGAGCACAUGAGGGCACACUCCAAUGAUCGGCCACACCACUGCAACCUCUGCAACAAGAGCUACAAGACCAAGAAUGCACUCCAGGUGCAUCAGCGCACGCAUGGGGAGGACAAACCGUAUGCAUGUUCACACUGCUCUCGGGCAUUUCGGGAGAAAGGUGCUCUGGUGCGUCACAUUCGCCACCACACUGGAGAAAAACCUUUUAAGUGUUCCAAGUGUGGCCGUGGAUUUGCAGAGCACGGCACACUCAAUCGCCAUAUACGAUCGAAAGGGGGAUGUUCUGCAGUCCAGGAGCCAGAGCCGGAGUCGUCGCAGAGCUCUGAGGAACAGGAGCGUAUAGACAGUAUGGCAGCCACCAUCAUUUCUGACGAUCCCCAUGCUGUGCUGGUGGAGUUUUCCUCUGUGGUGGCUGAUACUCAGGAGUACAUCAUAGGAACAUCAGCUGAGGAGACGGCCCAAGCAGAGGAGGUGUCUGUUGCUCAUGACGAUCAUAACCAAUUGGACAGUCAAAUCAUAAAGGUGGUGCAGCAGGUUGUGAGUCAGGCACACGGUGGACAGCAGAUCAUUGUGCGUAAUGUGGAAGCCAACGAGAAACCUGGUGUUUUUGACACGGGCGACACGAUCACCAUUGCUACGCCGGAGAGCCUCACCGAGCAGGUGGCCAUAACUCUCGCCAGCGCCAUCAGCAACGGCGCCCUCCUGAACACCACAUCCUCCACCGAAGGCACUACAGCAAUGGAGCAGGACGAGCAUUAUGUCAUCGCAUCCUCAGAUGAGAUGGAGAUUCAGACCGUUGUAGUAGUCUGACAGUAACAGUACAUCUCAUAAAACUGGCUAAUGCUGCCUUAAAUCUUAAGUAAAGGACAUUCUGACUGUUACCCAAAACCUGUAGCAGUUUCUCCUCUCUUAUGCCUUAUCUUGAUUUUCAAUUGUUUGCACUUAACAAAAGGAGGCUAAUGAACCUGUUUUGGUUUUUGACUUGCAUAUAAUGCAUAAGACACUAGAUUAUUUGGAUGAACUUAUUGUCUUAUCUGCAGUUAUACCAAAUUAUUCUGCCUCCUCCCCCAAAAAAACAAUUACAUCGCAUGGUUUUUGUACUAUAAAGUAUGUUGUUUUCUGUGUAUAUUUUAUUUAUUCGAGUUGGAAGCAGUUAAUGUUAUUGGUUAGGCAUGGCUUUAACGGCGGUGUUGGAUGUUCUUGCUUCUCUCAAUGAAGCCAUGCUUCUUACUCACUCCAUUGUUCUUCCGGUUUGCUGUUUUUUUCUCCAGUACACACUGCCAAGUUCUCAUAAACUAUGUAUUUUGUUA